AUGUGCAGCUGUGAGGUCAGCAUGGUGCAAAUUAGGCUAAAUAUUAGCUACCUUUCCCCAAAUAGCCCAAUCAAGUAGCCCAACCACGUAAAAUGAACAAGCAUGAAACUGAUGGCACAGUGUCGUCUUCUUCAAUGAUCUCAUCUUGAGAAGGUCCAUUUUUAGAGCAGCUCACAUCCCGUCCUACCCUGUCCUCAUCCCCCAGUUACACCCUGUCCUCAUCCCCCAGUUACACCCUGUCCUCAUCCCCCAGUUACACCCUGUCCUCAUCCCCCAGUCCCAUCCUGUCCUCACCCCCCAGUCACACCCUGUCCUCAUCCCCCAGUCCCAUCCUGUCCUCAUCCCCCAGUCACACCCUGUCCUCAUCCCCCAGUCACACCCUGUCCUCAUCCUCCACUCACACCCUGUCCUCAUCCCCCAGUCCCACCCUGUCCUCAUCGCCCAGUCCCAUCCUGUCCUCAUCCCCCAGUCACACCCUGUCCUCAUCCCCCAGUCACACCCUGUCCUCAUCCCCCAGUCCCACCCUGUCCUCAUCAUCCAGUCCCACCCUGUCCUCAUCCCCCAGUCCCAUCCUGUCCUCAUCCCCCAGUCACACCCUGUCCUCAUCCCCCAGUCACACCCUGUCCUCAUCCCCCAGUCACAUCCUGUCCUCAUCCCCCAGUCACAUCCUGUCCUCAUCCCCCAGUCACACCCUGUCCUCAUCCCCCAGUCACAUUAGGGUUGGACAAUAUCCAGAUUUUUAUACCAUCAUACUAAUGAUAGAAUGUUCAUAUUUGAAGAUAGCAGAAAGGCCAGGCUCUUUGGCAAUGACAAGGACUGGCAAUGAGUGGAAUGUUACAUAAAGAGUCUGAUACCCAAGCUAGAAUGCUGUAACCAAGAAGCUUGAUUUUGACAUCUAGCCACUUAGCUAGCAAGUUAGCAAACCAAAUGCAUAGCUGGAGCCCUCAGCUGGAUCUAAUUAAUUUGACACAUCUGCGAUUUCUUAUAGUGAUACUUAACUUAUAGUUAUAAGCAGCGGUGUAGCAUGCACUCCCGCAUGCACCACCGUCGGUAUUUCAAAAUAUCCAUGUAUAUGGUGUAAACGGUAUAUCACCCAAGCCUAAGUCACACCCUGUCCUCAUCCCCCAGUCACACCCUGUGUUAACUCUGAAAGCAGAUGGAUAUGCAUGGUUGAUGUCUAUUGCACCUGUUCGCUAUGUGCUCGAUGUUGGUCUCUGUGUUUCUGUGAAGAUAAAUAAACCAUCUGUUCCAAAGCAUUGAGGUUUCAUACUUUACACUUUGCCACUAUUCAGAGUGGAAGGAGCUCCAAAAUCUGUCAACUGCCUUGAAGUGUGUUUCAUUAGUUUCAUGUUUGCGAGAUGCAUUUGCAUUUCUAGAUUCAUUGUUUACUACUUAUGCAAAGUGCCAUUCAUAGACAACAUUUUCACAUUUCAAGUAAUGUGUCCCAAAGAAUAAACAAACAAAAAAAUGUUUUGAUCACCACUAUUGGACUGAGAUGCGGGUCCUACACGGCAACAGUAGAAAUCCAAUCUUGCCUCAGUGUCUAGUUGGAGUUGGCUUGCCAUUGCCAACAACAUGCCACGAAGUUCUCCACGUUGAAUGUGCUGACUACAGUGAACUUUGACAUUAGUAUUUUGUAGUAGAGCUCACCAGUACCAGAGGAGUGUGCAGGGGGGUUCUGUUGAGAAGGCUUAGGGUGCAUCCCAAAUGACACCAUAUUCCCUUUAUAGUUCACUACUUUGAACAGAGCCCUAGACAAAAGAAGUGCACUAUUAAGGGAUAGGGUGCCAUUCCGGAUGCACACUUAGACUGGAUCUAGGGCUGCAGAGUGAAAUUGCCUCAUGGCUCAAUGUCUGCUCUACCUUAACACUGGUGUCAAGUGGAAUGCACAAAGCUGCCACUCUCCAAGUCAGAACAUGUUUCCAACUAAAGCUUUAUGUGUCGUUUGAGUGGUAAUUGCCAGUGAUGUCGAAGCAACAGUAAAAAUAUUUGAACAAAUAAUUAAUGAUGCUGUUUACUCAUUAAGUAAAUUAAUUAUCCUUAUAUGCAAAGGUUCUAAUAAAAACUGUUACUAUUUAGAACAGUGGUCACAAACCUUUUCUCAGUCGAGAUCACUUUCUGAGUCAAGAUUAUCUACCGCUCAGAUUAUUUAUUUUUUAACAUGACUUAAAAACGUACGUUUUGCAACAUUAACCAAUUAAAAAAUGUUCUGUAGCAAUGAGGUUUGUGCAGUAGGCUAUAGGCCCAACACAUUAUCAUUGUAUAUUGGUUAUGCUUGAAUUGCCCAGCCAAUGUUGUUCUUCUCAGACCAUUUUUUUAUUAUAUAUAUUUUUUUAAAUAAAAAAUGGUAUAUGAUCACACUGGUAAUAGAUCAUUUGUUGUAUUACUUGUGAGGCCCAGCUGAGUGAACAUAAUAAUUUGCCUCUUUUUUUUUUUACUGGACUGAUGGCCUGCAUCUGAUGGUCAGUCUAAAGGAGGGAAGGAGGGAGCAGUGGUGAGACUGCCAAUGCUGCCAUUAGCCGAUCAUGUGAAGAGCAAUGUUUGCUUGAAAAUCGUAUGUUCAUGAAACAUAGUUCCGCCUGUCAUUAGUUCCAGGCAAGCACAACCAAAAAAGAUGGAGGAAUGCCAAUCAUCGCUGUGUCUGGUUUUCCAAUUCUAUAUGAUUUUGCUUUGCUAGAAUACAGAGACAAAAUCAUAAGGUCAAUGGCAUGGAGUAG